AUGCCGCUGAACUACUCCAAGUUUGAUCACCUCGUGGACUCGGAUGACGAGAGGCCCGACCCCAAGGCGCGAGCCCUUGCGGAGCGGCAGAAGAUGUACGACGAGAUGCAGAAGCAGAUGGAGGAAAGACGGACUGCAGAGCGAGAGCAGGCCGAGGCGGAGAAGCCCUCACACCAAAAGGAUCGCUUCGCAUACGCGGAGGGCGACUGCAGCGAGCUGGCGCGGGAGCUCUUGAAGAGCUGCUUGCAGAAGGCCGGCAGUGUGAAGGUUGCCAACGGAGUUCUGUCCGUGGCAGCGGUUGAGAAGGUCGAGGGCGAAGCAUCCACCUUCAAGGUGCGUGGGCAGCCGCGGCACACCUGGGAGUUGAACUUCAAGGUCAAAUGGGUGUAUCAGUGGAUGGGCGCCAACUUCGACGAAGGCCCCCAGCGCGCUGAGGGUGCGGUGGCCGUCCUCGACUACGGCGACGCCACGACGCUGAGCGCGGCGGAGACUCCCCCGAACGUCCGGAAGAACUGGACUGACAAGGGGACGUUGGACCUGGCGCGACAAAAGGAAGUGGAGCGUGCACUGGGAGGGAAGCCAUGGCCUCCCACCGAAGGAACCUUGCUGGCCUCGCUGGUCACCACGCUGGAGGCCUUCGCUCAACAGCUCCCCGAGCAGACGGCCGGAUCACUUCAACAGCGCCGCGAGCUCCGCGAAGAGGCAGCGAAGCAGGAAGCAGCAGAGUUUGCUGAGGGAGGCGGUGUCCGCAUUGAAGAGGUGGACAGCUGA